AUGCUGGCCGCCUUGACCUUGAGUGCCUUCGCCUUCGCGCGCAAGUCCUGUGACGUGCCGAGCCAAAUAUAUAUACAAACAAGCGGACCAGCUUGCGCGGCCAGCCCUGUCUAUAAUACGGGAUUCACCGCAAAAGUUCUCUCCAUUGGCUUCAUGGUCAUUGCCCGGUUUGACACCAAGAUGGCGAUUCAGCUCUACGCCAAAGGCGAUGUCGCCGGAAGUCGCCUUGGCUUCUUGCCAGCAACGCGGACAGCGGUGGCACCAGUGGGUCGUCCCGUUGUGGCCCCACAAUUGCCCGGCCAGGACACGGAACAGUGGCAAGUGCGACUGUCCGAUGAAAACCUCCGGCAACAAGGACGGACGACGUGA